AUGUGGUGGAAUACACUCCACUGUGAGAACGACCAGCGUGCAUCAGCCAUAGAUAUUCCUUACUGUUCAUUGAUCAUGACUCUGGUGACUCAGUACGGCGGUGUGGAGGCGUUGAUCCACGCCGUGCUUCGCGCCGGGGAGAAGGAGGAUGUCGCUGAGCCAGCUGUCUGCGCCCUGCGUCACCUCACCUCCCGCCACCAGGACGCCGAACUGGCCCAGAAUGCUGUGCGGCUGCACUAUGGUAUCCCAGCUGUUGUCAAGCUCCUGGGGCAGCCACACUACUGGCCUGUAGUAAAGGCUACAGUUGGUCUGAUCCGGAACCUGGCGCUGUGUCCGGCCAAUCAGGCGCCGCUAAGGGAGGCUGGUGCCAUUCCACGAUUAGUCAACCUGCUGCUGAAGGCUCACCAGGACACCCAGAGACACGCCUCCUCCGCACAGCAGACAUACCAGCUGCUGUACUCAUAUGUGGAGAACGUGAAGCGAGUAUCAGCGGGUGUCCUGUGCGAGCUGGCCCUGGACAAGCAGUCUGCAGAGCUAAUCGAUGCAGAGGGAGCGUCGGCGCCCCUCAUGGAGCUGCUGCACUCCAAUAACGAGGGAAUCGCCACCUAUGCUGCAGCAGUGCUGUUCCGAAUUUCGGAGGACAAGAGUUCAGACUACAGGAAGAGAGUUUCAGUGGAGCUCACACACUCACUCUUCAAACACGACCCUGCUGCUUGGGAAAUGGUGAGAAUCCUGUGUAGAGGUGUUACCAUGACACAAAAAUUCAACUUCUAA